AUGUCCAUGACACAUGAUUUUAAUGGCUUAGAAAAACUUGAUUUGAUAGAUGAUGAAGCCAUUAUACAGGCUAUAAGGCAUGAGAUACCAAGCAAUGGGUUUGAAUGCAGUGUCAAAAGCAUUUCUGAUUCUGAUGGUGUACUGGGAGACGAGCGAAGAUUUUAUAUUCGAGCGAUUAAUGAUCACGAACGUGGUCACACCACCACUCAGGCGGUCCUAGCAACCGUCCCUGGUUGUGCGUUGGUUUCUCCAGGUGAAGACACAGAUUGCGCUUCCCUAGAGCUCCAGGAACAACUCACUCGAGGGAUGAGAGACCCCAUCAAUUGA